AUGAGGUUUGUCUCCCAAUUAAUGCGCGUUCCCGUGGGUGCCCACUCGCAGAGCGAGGCGCCCGCCGGAGCGCGACACACCGAGGCCAUGGGUGACGAGCACGUGCCCGAGCAGGGCCAGGACAGGUUCAGCUACGACUAUGACACCAUCCGCAACGGGGGGCUCAUCUUCGCCGUCGUGGCUUUUGUGAUCGGGCUCCUCAUCAUCCUCAGCCAGCGGUUCCACUGCGGAGGGAGGAAGAAGAGGAGACAAGGGAACGAGGACGAGCUGUAGGUGCAGCCCCAGAGCUGCAAUGCCCCCAUGGAAGCAGAGCUCCAGCCGAAGCCCAGCAGUCCUGGCCACCCCGCUCCAGUGGAUCCAUUACCCCGCAGGGCCAGAAGGCAAAUUACCCUCGUGCUUCCCCCUCUCUUAGACCCAGCGAGAGUUUCUUGGCUAAUAAAGUUCAAGCUC